UACGACGUCACUGCGCAUGCACUAAACAACUAGGGAAAAAGAUGGACGACAGAAGUGUCUGUACUCCGCAGCUUGCGGAGUCAGACGCUCAAAAUAACACUACUAGUACCCCUAACGCGGCUUCUGUCACAGAUGCUGACAAAGUAAUAAACACUAAACUAGAUAGUACCCAGGUUGAAGGAGACAAGAGUGAAGAGGAGCUACUAAAGGGUCUCCUCACUGACGACUACUGCCAUGUGUGUGAGGCUGUGCUGCUCUUUGAAUCUCAGCGGCUGUCCCACUAUGAGGGAAAGAAACAUGCUCAGAAAGUCAGAGUGUACCUGCAGGCCAAGAGAGCUGAGAAGAUGAACAACGAGUCCACAGGACCCCAGCAGACAAUGACUACUGACAAGGACCAUUUCUGUGAGCUGUGUAACAUGGUGUUUAGUUCUCACGUGGUGGCAAGAUCACACUAUGAAGGCAAAGUCCAUUCAAAAAAUCUUCGUAAACAAGGUCUUCAGCCCCCAGUUAUAGACAGGUACACAGAGGUGCGUACUUCACCAAGUCUGACUCAGGAUUCUGCUAAUACUGACCAGAAAUCAGUCCCAGAGGGUGGUAUGGAGCAUCUUCUGGACCCAACAGCCACCCCAACUACCCCCAGCACAGAGGUUGAUCUGAGGGACCCUGACAAGUACUGUGCCCUCUGUGCUGCUUCCUUCAACAAUCCCCAAAUGGCUGUGCAGCACUACAAUGGACGCAAACACCAGAGGAAUCAGGCAAGACAGGACCUGCUCAAAGAGCUCGGAGACGAUGUGCAACAAGCCAACUCCCUGAUGUGUCCGAUGUGUAGUGUGCAAUUUAACUCUGUGGAGAUGUACCAGGCCCACAUGCAGGGAAACAAACACCAGAUUAGGGAGAAGAAGGUCACUGACCUGUGCAAAUCCCAACAAAAAGUCUACAGCACAUUUGCAGACGAACUGUCAGAUUACAUUCAGGUUCAGAAGGCUCGUGGAAUCACCCCCAAGACCAGUCAAGUCCUCCCUCUGGGUGACACACAAAAGGAGGAUGAGGAAGAAGAAGAAGAGGAAGUAUUAAACAAGGGGGAUAUCACAGAACUGAACAAACCUAUGCCCACCUUCCUUCCCACCUCUAACCCUCCUCAUCACUCCCGCCUUGGUUGUUACAACCCAGUUGAAGGGUGGCGUCCUCCAUAUCAGGGCCCUCCCCGGCCAUCCCAUGGCUGGGGUUACAACUGCCCUCCCCCAGUGCUUCCAAGCUCAGGCUCUCCACUGUUCGCUGGUCAGCCCAUAAAGAGAAGGAGGCGCAGAAAGCAGUCAAGCUCCUCCUCGUAUAUGACCUCAUCAUCUCACUCCUCGUCGCAUUCCUCCUCCUAUAGCAGUAGCACAAGUGACAGCGAUGACAGUGCAUACAGGCGCAGAGAAAAGAGGAGGAUUAGAAGAUCCAGGAGGGAGAGAGACAGGAGGGCUAGAGAUGAGGACUCAAACAAGGAGGAGAAGAGGAGGAAGCGACGGAGGAGGGAAAGAGAUAAUGAGUCGGGGGACAGGAGAAGAGGGGAAUCUGGAGAGUCAGAGGAAGAGAAGAGGCGAAAAAAGCGAAGAAAUCAUGGCAAGCGGAGAAGACAAGAAAAGCAAUCCCGGGAGGAGGACUUUGGGGCGGAAGGAGGUGAAAGGGUGAUGGACAAUUUAAUGCCAGAGAACCUGAUGGACAAUAGAAAAGAGACUGAAGUGCAUAUUCAGGCUGAAAUGAAUGUUGAGCAAGGGGAUGUUGGACAAGAUGAGCCAGCCAAACCUAAAUACAGGAAAGAGAAGAAGAAAACAAAAGAGAAAGUAGAUACUAGGACAGAGGAGGAGAAGCUGUGGGACGACUCCAUUCUGGGCUGUUAAACUCAAAAGGCCCUAGUAUAACUCUGUCUUUUAGAACUGCUGUAAUUUAGGCAAAACAUGAAGUUAUCAAGAACAUGACAUUGAAAAUCUCAAAAAACUGUGUAUAUUAAAAUAAUGUUUAUAGCCUUAACAAAGCAGUUUUCACUAUCUGUUCUGACAGCCCAAAAGUGUUCUCCAUAGGUGUGCUAGCUGGCUAGCCAUGUUUCGUCAUUUUGUGUUUGUAAGGAAUGAAUGAUCCCAAAUCCUUAAUUUUCAGUGUGUUUGGAGGGGUUUCUCACACUUAUCCACAACUAUAAUAGCUUUAUUUUUCACUAUGACACUCUUUAAUUGAAUUAUUUUGCACAUUGUUAUUAAUUGUUGGGUGUAAUAUUGAAGAUCUCUUAUUUUCUUGUCAUUUGAAAUGAUCAAGAAGUCCUCUUGACCUCUUCACACUUCACUAAGUUAGUUAUGUUUGAUUAUGUAUCUGUGCUUCUUGCAAGGAUUUGAUAGAUUUGAUCCCUUUAGCAGCCUGUGGUUGGCGCUGUUGAGCUUCAUUCAGAGUAUCAGUAAAGCAAAUAAAAGCCCAUAGAUGGUA